AUGGGUAAUCUUCAGUCUGGUCGCAGUGAACGUCCAGAAUUGAGUGAACGUGAAUUAUCCUAUAUAAUUCUUCAUACAAAAUUUACUCGAAAACAGAUUAAUGAUUAUCAUGUUCGUUUUUUAACUUAUUAUCCACGUGGUUAUGCUACUUAUGAACAAUUCUGUAAUUUAUAUUCUGAUGAAUUAAAACAUUUAUCUAAUUCCCAACCAUUGCUUAAACGUUUGUUUCAUCAUAUUGAUACGGAUAAAAAUGGACGAUUGAAUUUCAAAGAAAUUCUUUUUUUCAAAGCAAUUAGUUUACCUGAAACCGAUACUGAUGAAAAACUACGAUGGAUUUUUCUCUUUUACGAUACAAAUGAAGAUCAAGAAAUCGAUGAAUAUGAAUUUUUAGAUUUAUGUUAUUUAAUCUAUGAUAUACAUGGACGUAUAAUAACAAAUAAUCGAUUAGAUGAAUUAAAAUAUUUAUUUAAUAAAUUUGAUACGAAUAGUAAUGGACAAUUAAAUUGUCAUGAAUUUAUACAAUUAUGUAAACAAUGUACAGAUUUACUUGAAUUAAUGACUCCAAUGUUUAAUAAUACAAAAUGGAAUUUAAAAACAGAUGAUGAAUCAAUAUGUACAGCAACAGCAACAACAAAUGAACUUACAUCGAAUCAAAUUGAAUAUUUAAAAAAACGAACAAAAUUUUCUUCGAAUCAAAUUCUUUCUUAUUAUGAAACAUUUCGAACUCGUUGUCAUUCAGGAUGUUUAACAAAAAUAGAAUUUAUGAAUUUUUAUCAACAAUUAUUACCAUCAACUGCAUCAUCAGAAGUUUAUUCCGAAUUUAUUUUUCGGGCAUUUGAUAAUUUAUCAAAAGAUGGUUUUAUACAAUUUGAUGAAUUUCUUCUUGCUAUUUAUAUUCAUAGUAAUUCUAGUACACCACGUGAAAAACUUGAAUGGCUUUAUAAUGCAUAUGAUCAUGAUGGUGAUGGUAUAAUUAAUUAUAAUGAAAUAAAUCAAAUAGUUCAUGCACUUUUUAUUUUAUAUGGAAUUGAUCAUGAAAAACAUAGUGUAACUUAUGUAUCAUAUGAAAUUAUGGCUAUUUUAGAUUUAAAUAAUGAUGAUAAAAUAUCAAAACAAGAAUUUAUGAAUAUGUUAAAAGAUAAAGAACUUACGAAUUUUUUGGCACCAUCGUUUGUUAAACAAAAAUAA